CUCAUACUAGGAAUGGACGUACUGGGAGUGUACAAUUUUUCCCUUAACCUUAGCACCGCCGAGUGCUAUCUGGAAGGCCGACUAAUCUCCAAACCAACACCUAAAGUGGGAAAAACUGUGGAGGUACACGCCACUGGCGAACACUUACUGGAACUGACCAAGGCACAGAAAAAGAAGUUGGAUGCUUUUCUCGCCAGAGAAAUGAAGGAGUUCGAGAAGCUGUCCGGCACCACGAAACUGAUAGAACACAAAAUCAAACUCAAACCUGGGACAGAACCGAUUAAACAGCGAUACCGGCCACAGAAUCCGAAGAUGCAGGAAAUCUUCAACCAGGAAGUAGACCGAAUGCUGGCUGAGGGAGUUAUUGAGCCUUCUAAGUCGCCGUGGAGUUCACCUGUUGUGUUAGUCAAAAAGAAGGACGGUAAAUACCGGUAACAGGGAUACUGGCAAAUACCGUUAGAAAAGGAUAGCCGGCCUAUUACAGCAUUCACGGUCCCGGGAAGAGGACUAUUUCAGUUCACCGUCAUGCCAUUCGGCUUACACGCAAGCCCAGCCACGUUCCAGAGAUUCCUGGAUACCGUAAUCGGUCCCGAA